AGGAGGUGGGAGCGGCGCCUGUUGCCCCGAGAGAGUUAACGGCGCGCGGAAAGUCGCGUCUCCUCCGCUUGGCAACCGGGGCGCCGCGCAUGUGGGGCAGCCGGGAGCUGCCGCCGCCCCCUCGCCGGGCACCGCGUCCCCCUCCCCGCCCCGGACGAGGCGUUUAACGUGGCCGGGCGUGAAGUAUGGCAUGCAAAGAUGGUUUCUGCCAAGGAGCCAGCGAUUGCCAUGUCCUCGGGUCUCUCCAUCGCCCUGCUGCACUGCCUGUGCCUGGCGACGUGUCUCACCGGGCCGCCGGGGCAGAGCAAAAAAGAGGAGAAAUUGUGGCCGGAGAAUUUCACCAGCAUCCUGAACAGCCUCCUGGAUGGCUAUGACAACAGGCUGAGACCGGGAUUCGGGGGUCCUGUUACUGAAGUCAAAACAGAUAUAUAUGUCACCAGUUUUGGACCUGUUUCUGAUGUGGAAAUGGAGUACACAAUGGAUGUCUUCUUUCGUCAGACGUGGGUAGACAAAAGAUUAAAAUAUGAUGGCCCUAUUGAAAUUUUAAGACUUAACAACUUGAUGGUUUCGAAGGUAUGGACUCCUGACACAUUCUUCAGGAAUGGGAAAAAGUCUGUUGCGCAUAAUAUGACAGCCCCAAAUAAACUCUUCAGGAUAAUGAGAAAUGGUACCAUCCUGUACACAAUGAGGCUUACAAUAAGUGCAGAGUGUCCCAUGAGAUUAGUGGAUUUUCCCAUGGAUGGUCAUGCUUGCCCUCUCAAAUUUGGGAGUUAUGCUUAUCCAAAGAGUGAAAUGAUUUAUACCUGGACAAAAGGACCUGAGAAGUCAGUGGAAGUUCCUGAGGAGUCUUCCAGUUUAGUUCAGUAUGACCUGCUUGGGCAUACGGUAUCCACUGAAACCAUUAAAUCUAUUACAGGUGAAUAUAUUGUUAUGACAGUUUACUUCCACCUCAGACGGAAAAUGGGUUAUUUUAUGAUUCAGACCUAUAUCCCAUGCAUUAUGACCGUGAUCCUUUCUCAAGUUUCAUUUUGGAUAAAUAAGGAAUCCGUUCCAGCUAGGACUGUGUUUGGAAUUACCACAGUGUUGACAAUGACGACACUGAGCAUCAGUGCAAGACAUUCACUGCCAAAAGUAUCCUAUGCUACUGCCAUGGACUGGUUCAUAGCGGUCUGCUUUGCCUUUGUUUUCUCUGCUCUUAUUGAGUUUGCUGCUGUCAACUAUUUUACUAAUAUUCAAAUGGAAAAAGCCAAAAGGAAGACGGUAAAAUCCCUUCUUGAAUUUCCAGUUGCUCCAGUGCAGAGAGAAAGAUGUACAGAAGAGAUACUCACGAGUACAGAUGCCAAUUCAAAUGUGAGGAAAAGAACAAAUGCCACAGUACAGUCUGAAGCCGAUGGUGGGAGCCGAAUUGACACAAGGCACAGCUCCAUCCAGCCUCCCUCUGUAGCUCAGGGGUCUUCUGACAUUACACCCCACUCCCUUUCUGCAUCAAGCCCCAACCCUUUCACACGCAUCAAUGCAUCAGAGACUUUAUCUUCUGCAAGAGCUACCCCUCCUGCUCCUCCUUCUACCCCAAUUUUAACUGGAUUUGUAUCCCAGCAUGCCACAGCUGGAUCCCCUUCCAUUCAGCACUUGCUUGGAUCUAGACUGGAGCAGAUUCAGACCACCACACCUAACACAUCAGGAGCAUCUGCAAAGCCAUCAGCUGUCACACCACCUGCUCCCCCUGCCUCCCACUCUGGCACGAGUCUCUCCUCAGAGUCAAGAUGUGGUGCUUUUGGAGAAUAUGAAUCUGGUGAGCAGUUUCAGCAUGUCCUGAGUAAAUCAGAUUCUGAAAGUAAGCUUUUGCCACAUUCCAAGCAAGUGAGAGUAGUGUGAAGUACAGACCACUCUGACAAAGAUCUAUCUCUCUUUGCUAAUAUCAUGUACCGUGUUCUUAACUGGAGGAAAUGAAAAAUGCUAUCACUGUAGAACUGGUAGACUUUGUAAAACAUACUUUGUUUUCACAUGAACUAGACUAUAUGAUAGGUACUUAUUUCAGAAUUGACUGGCAUUGCUUUCUAGUCCAUAUUUUUGUGCAUCUACAAAUCUCCCUCAGACUUCCUUUUAUAAUGUUCCCUUAGAAAGGACUUCAAAGCAAACCAGUUACUAUCCACAGCAUUCACUACAUUUUUUGGUCAUAAUUCUAUUUUUGUUUUCUUGUGCAAGAGAAACAGACUGUGAUGGCUUCUUUAAAAUUAAAAAAAAAAAAUAAUAACAUCAGCAAAAAAAAAUAAAAAGCCUUGGAGAUUCCCUUUUUAGAAAAGCAUUCAAACUCCCAUCAAUUAUUGAAUGCUUUUUCAAUAACGGCAUAGUUUUAGCAUUUAAAAAUAUGAAUGUGAUCACAGCCUGGAUACAUACGUGUAUAUGUAUCCAUUCAAAUAAUAUGAAUUCUGUGAAUUGUAGGGAAGGCAGGCUCAAGACACACAUAUAAGCAGUCUUGUUCUGAAGGAGUACUUUUCUGGAUAGAAAGCAUUGUCUAAGGUAGGUAAUUUCUUUAUUAUUAAAUUCAUAUCUCUAUGUUCAAGAAAAAAAUCCUGAGGAAAAAUACUGUACUGCUGAAUUAACCCUCAACUAGCACAGCGAUCUAGGUUAUUUCCGUGCUGGUUUUGAUCUCCUUCAACAUUUGCUGUGUGGUUUUGUGAAUAUAGUAUCCACAUUGCUGUUAAGUGAAGUAGCAUUCUACGGAUGAUCUGAUGGCAUAAAGAAGCAUUUAAAGAAAUAAUCAUUAUUUGUGAAUAUGUUUUAUCCUUGGAAAAAACUCAGCUGGAGGUUGGUAGAAGAAGCUGGUGACAGUACAAAUGAAGUACUUGGCUGGACUUCUGAGCUUGCUGCAUUAAAAAAUUUAGUCACACACAACUUUGUGUUGCUCAUCAUCUUGUGCUGGUGGUUCAUCUUAUGGUAAGUAAAAAUGCACGAGGAUGGAGAACUCAAAAGCCAAGAACAUGUACAAGUAUUUCUUUAAAGUGCUUUCAAAGCAUGAGAGAGCUGAACCUUAUUAAUAACAGUAAUACAGUUACAAACUUGAAAAUCUCCCAAUGUUCUAAAAUUUACCACAUCAUCAAAUGAAUAAUAAUGUACUUUUCUGUAUGUAUCUGCAUUUUGGUUUAUAUUAAUUUGUGGCAGCAUUCUCUGGCACCACACCAGUGGUAAAGAUUUGAGGAGUUUUGGAUAGUAAGACUUUUUGUAGCAUUAUGUGAAAAUAUAAUUUUGUUUCAUAGAUGCAUGUCUUUUCAGAUCAGUACCAGCAGCACAUUCAUGGUGGAAACGAAUCCAUUUCUGUAAAAUCCUGUCCUGAAGUAAUUAACCCAUAUUUGAAGGGCUCUUGAAACAGAUUGGAUAGGGCAGGACUUCAGGGCAUGUUUGCUGUAAGAGGCUUCUGGAUUGGAUAUGGUCUGUGUCCUGCCAACCUCUGAAGCAGUCUGCACCAGACAGAUCACAAGCAGAAUACAUGAUUUUUGUUGUUGGGGUUUUUUUUCCUCUUUCCUCUUUUUUUUUUUUUUUUUUUGUGUUUGUUUGUUUUAAGACCAUGAUUACUCCACUGUAAAACUGUUUUACUGUGGAAUGUAGUGCUCCCACCUUCUUCCUUGCUGUCUUGCUUUGUGUAGGGAGAAGUUAUGUGAUCAUGGUGAGCUGUUUGAAAUAACUUGUCUAGCUAAAAGGCAAGUUUGUCUUGUCUUUUGGCUGCUUUGUAGCUAGUAGGAUCGAUUCUGUGAUCUGUCUCCCUGUCUUAGUGCUGGUACAAAGGAGGGGGUGAGGAAGCUGGGACUGGUAUUUUGAGCUGGGUUAGAGCUGAUGCGAAACCACAGCCUGAGGAUUUUUAUCCUGCCUCCACUGGAUUUAAAACAGAGGCGCUCUCAGGCUUUCUUGAGCCUCAGGUGCCCUCUGUAGUCAUUUUUCCUCUACAAAGGUGAUUUUGUGAGUUACAUCAAUGACAAAUAGAGAAAAAAAAAUAGGCCAGACAGAAUUUAUGAAGGAGCCCAAAUCAAUGAAGUUAUUUGAAGAGAGAGAAAAGGAAGAGAAGAGCAAACAUGAGUAAGGAUGAAAAAUUAGGUUUCUUGCUGCCAAGCAGUUAUUUUAAGAUAUGUCCUAUUAGAGGUACUAGAACAGCAUCUGGCAGGAAACAGCCUAGAAAUAAUUAUUUCUUCAUUAUAAGUAUAAUGAGAAAGUAAUAAAGAAAAUAAUUUUCUAAUGUCCUCUUAGAAACAUUUGUAUUCCAUUGAUGUUGUCAUUAAAAAAGAGUAUUUUCAUCAUCAUCCAGGAAGAAUUAGGUGACAGAAUGGUAAAGGAAAAAGAUUGAGUUUUAUCAUUACUGUUUCCCUCCGUUUUACAACAUUUCUCAACCAGAAAUUUAAACUGUAACAUUUAUUUCAGUCUUUCUGGGACUGUAUAUAUUUAAUUUUCAGUAAUGAAGCACUUCGAAACUUUUAACAUUUAAGUUGCUUUAUUUUUGAGAGACUGAAUACAGAGAUUGCUGCCUCUGAUUUAGAACAGUUAUAGAAGGGGAAAGACUGACUCUUUCAGGGACUGCAGAUCUUCUAUUGGAUUAAGCCACUUACAAAAAUACCCCCUAAAUUUCUUUCCAAGUAGGCAGCCGUGGCACCAGCUGAGUCAAUGUUGAAUUCAACACCAACUGUAAAUCCUGCCUCAGGAUCAGCAUAGUUAAUCUGCACUAAGAUUUCUGAUUCUGUGAUUAGAGAACUGGAAAGAUGUGAGCCAGCAGCUGCUGCCAGCUGGGAUGCAUCCACGUUGCUGUGCAUCCAAGAUGCAGUGUGGGAAAUUGGGGUCCUCAGAGCACUGAGGCUGGGGUGGAAAAUGCUUUAUUGGAGUACAAAAUAGGGCAGACUGAGACUGAAGAAAACUCUUCCUUCAACUCAGCAUUGCUGAUACUCGCUGUAACAGCACUGAACGUCCCAAAGGCAGACCAAAGUGUAUUGCAUGUCUGCUAGGUGUUUUGAUACGGAGAGUGGUGGGAGCUAUAAAUACAUCUAUGGUAAUAAAACAGCAUGCUUAGUACUGCUGCCUGCUAAGUACUCACAGUCUCAUGCCGGCAGUUUGUGGGCCUUCCAGAAGCAGAACUGGAUCACUUACUUUUUUGUAGGUAUAGUCUUUAUGCCCCUACUACUUCUGCUAUAGCUUAAACAUUUUAAAAGGGUUUUUCUCUUUGGUGUGCGUUACUCCAUUUGAGGAAAUUGAGGAAAAUUAGGCUAAAUUUUUCUCUAGUUUUGUUUGUUCAUUUUUUUUAAAAAAGGUUUCCUCACCUGCACACAUGGAAAUCACAAGCUCUGUUGCAAACUUUGGGAAGGUAGCAAGCUCUUCUAAGCCUUUUUAAGGAGAAUCUCUAUGAUUAUUAAAAGGCAGUUUUUAUUUUUAAAUAUAAUCUCUCAUUUGGAGAGUAGUUACAAAUUUUAAAUGAGCUCCGGCCUAUUGAAUUAUUUUCUCUGUACUGAAAAUAUGAGUUUCAUUUGUAGCUAUUUCCCUUAGGAAAAUAAGACACGCUGAAUGUAAGGUAGUCAAUAUAUGUCAUGUUGGGAAAGAUGCUUAGCUGUGUGGUAUUUGGUAGCCAUUUCAUAAAUACAUGGAUUGUAUUCUUUUUCUUUGGAGAAUAUGAAGAUCAUAUGUAAAGAGAAAGUGGGAGGAUUUUGUAUAGAGAUUUUAAAAAGCUGCUUCUCACUUCCUAUCUGGAUAUCAUAUGCAUAAAUAUAGUGAAAUCAGCUAAGAGAAAAUGUGAGUAAGAGAAAAGACCUUCUAUGUUCAUCGUGCUCUCAGUUGUUCUUACUAAGUACUUAACAGCUUCUGUGUAUGCUUUCAGGUUUUCCCUCUGCUGUGCCAUGGAGGAAGUGCAGAAGGCAAUGCCUUUUUAAAACAAGACCUUGGGAUUUUUAGGUUCAUCAGUCCAAUCAGGAGAGCACUCAGUCAGUGCUGGCCUUGCUGAGUUAGGAACGUGAUUUUGUAGGUCUAAAUUCAGUCAUGGUGGAGCAAUCUGUUCAGUAGGAGAAGGUAUCCCAGUUCUGAGUAAAGAACUGCUGAGGCUGGAGACCAUUAGGACUUUUGCUGAGGUAAGAUGCGAGUUGAAUUAGACUUAAGAAUUGCUCAUUAGCUAUUUAAAACUUCCUAGAUGUACAAUCUAAACACAUGCCUUAGCGUGUCCUGCUACUUUUGCAUGGUUUUGAUUCAUUCCAGGCCAGUUAGUUGCUUUGGUCCCUUGCCUCGUGGCUGAGUUGGGCAGGGCAGCAGCUACUGAGGUGGUGUGGAAUCUUCAUGCCUUCCCUUGAGCUGUGGGUUCUCUCCACACUGAGCAUCACCCAGGUGGACAGCAGAGCCUGGGCAAGGACAUGGUGCAUGCCCGUGCUGGUGGCAGAUGAAACCUGACAGUCAGGCAGAGAAGUGCAGUGUGGAUAGGGUUGCAGUCCUGAAUCAGUGGUCUUAAAAUAUUGCUCUGUGGCUUUCAAGAUCCAGUGAGUGCAGUAGCAUAGAGUACUUUCAGUGCUUGAAAUGUCAGGAGUAGAGCAGACAAAAGCUUUCCUGUUUUCCGGAUUUUCUGAAUGAGUGCUAGCUCUGCCAGCCCAAUCAUACUGUGUGCUGCUGUGGCAAGAGCCGUUCAGCUUGGAAGCGCAUUAGGAGUGUUGCAUCACUAGCAAAUACACAGAGCAGUGACAGUACGUGAAAAGCCUGGAUGCAAAGGGAGUGUUUACUUGGUGGUAAUAAGUAAGCCAUCUGAUGGUUACAUUGAGUUCCUGUGUUUCUCCUCACCUUUACCUUCUGCCAGUGACUCCCUGUCCUGCCAGUUCUGAUAGUUCAAAUUGCUGAGGCACUUCUGUGAGCUGUUAAAGUUGGCUGAUCUAACAGAUGAUGUGGAAUAUCCUUUCUCUCACUGUCUAAACUGACAGUGGUCAGAGAAGCAGGCUGAGAGAUACUAACUUCUGUACUAAUUUAAAAUGCAAUUGUUGUACCACCUGAGGAACCAAAAGAAAGCUGUGUGUCAUUUUUAAGUUGAAAAAAAUAAAAUAAAGAGCAAGAAGACAGUAUUUACUAGUAUUUUAAUUAACUGUAAGCUUUUCCUGUGAAGACCUGUCUAUUGCAACUAAAGCAUUUCUGUUUAGGCUUAGACAUUUUAAGAAAUACUCCCAGUGAAAAAUAUGAAGCUUUUUGAAGUUUUUUAAUCUUUGUUUCCUGUAAAGGCCAUGGCAUGCAGAAAAUACACACUAAAGCAGGAUAGUACACAUACUUCUUUAACACCCUGUUAGGAAAGUUCUAAAUCCCCUAACUUCUUUUCCAAUAAUUUAAUACUUGCACCAUAUAUGACUGUCCUAGAUGCAUGUUCAAAGAGUUUCAGUGCCAUACCAAAUUCUGAUAUUUAUCCCUUUGUAUUGACUCAUACAUGGGGACAAACUGAAAUGGAAUCAAAGCAAGGGAAGCCUUGGAGUUGAAUUAAUUUAUGCUAUUCUUCGUGCACAUUUUUGUUACAUGGAACAAUGUGGCUGGGAAGAUUGGAAGAAUCAGAGGAUAACUAAAUUAUUUGAAUGGAUAUAUUCAAUGCUGGUCACCUGACUAUACUAACAAACUUAAAAGGUGGUUUGAUAGCUGUCAAUUUGUUCUGCUAUUGUGCAGCUUAACUGUUACCUUCCUGUACUAUGAACAUCUAUGUAUUUGGAAAAUAAAUCCAUCUUGGAAGAAAGAUUGUGCAAAAAAAUUGUUCCUAUUAUACUCCAGUGUAUAUUGCUGAUGUCAAAUAAAAUACAAUUGUGAGAGUUCUUAACCAGUUGUCUUUCUAAUUGUGGCCUAAAGCAGGAAGAAGAAGGAGUAUAAAUAAAAUUCUUUGGUACGGGUACUCCUGCAAUUACUGCUGGAACAGUAAUGUUAGCUUAUGAUUAGGACAACUUGCUGCUUUAUAUAUGAACAGAUAAAGGAAUGGGUUUCAUCAGCUCUGUAAUGAAUGAUAAUCUGUUGCAUAAUUUAUUAAGAUGGCUCACCAAUCUACUGAUGUAUUAUGU